AUGGCGUUGCCCAUCGACGUGACGGCCGUGACUCUCGCAGGCCGAGAACUGGCGAAAGUCGCCGUGUCGCGCGACACCUCGUUAAGGGAGCUGGUAGAAGAAUUGGGGAAGGUCGCCGAGAUCGCAUGGGAUGCUUGGCAGCUGACAUGGGAUGGCAAGAGGUUGGGCGACUGGAGUAUGCAGCCUUUUAUCAGCACAGAACUGCCAGAGGUGGUUCUGCAAGUGGUUCUCAAAGCGCAGCCUGUGGAGCUCGAUUCAGAACAGGCCGCCGAGUUGCUGAAGGUGCUGAAGGAGCCUUACGACGGGCUCGAUGGCUUGAGCUUCGCCGUGGGAGCCUUGGAGCGCCUCUCUUUGGGAGCUGGAGAUGAUGAUGCGUGUUUUGCUGACGUUCGGGGUGAUGCCAGCAGUGGUGUCAUGUCCGAACCUCAGCUGAGCGCGCUCACACGAGCUGUUUUGGACCAGAGGUUUCGCUGCACAGUCCUGUGCCUUCGAGGCAUCCUCAGUCCUAUGCCGAUGAUGUCGAAAAUUGUCCAGCGACAGGACUCAGAUGACCUGGUGUCUUUGCUGUCGCACAUGCCGCAGCUCACCUCCUUGGAUCUUUCAGGCAACCGUUUGGGCUACACGACCACGUGCAUCGGUGGAUUGGCCACGGCGAUGCCGAAGCUCCAGAGGCUCACUCACCUCAACCUCUCCUGCAACGGCUUCUUCUCAUUCCAUGGAGGCUCUGGUGCAAUCCCACCUCAUGUUCUUGACUUGCUCCUGUCUUUGCAGUCCUUGACCGCCUUGGAGGUCCUGGACUUCCAUCUGAAUGACAAGGCUUUCGUCCGCAGCUUCGGCAAGGAGAAGGAGGAGUUGGCAAGCUUCUACUUGCCAAAGCUCCUCUCCACUCUGAGCCUGAAGCGGCUGAAGCGUCUCAUCUUCUCUGCCAACGACGUGGCGGUGCAGUCGGUGGAAGCCUUGGAGGCAGCGAGGCCAUCUGGCUGCGACCUCGACUUCGGUUUGGAGGACCACGUGGCCAGGGCCCUCUCUGCGCUUCGAGAGCCGGGAGCGUGGAAAACUUGGGGAGGUUGGGGAACUUCCGUUCCCACUUUCCGACCUCCGCUCCUGGACUUGCCGGCUCCUUCACGAAACUGGCCGGUGCGCGCGGCCUACUACCUGCACUUGGGCCGGGGCCUGGCUGAGCUGGAGCCAGAGCUACGGCAGGUGGUGAAGGUCGACCUCUCUGGUCAGAAGCUCGGCCGGUCGUGGCCCGGGCUCUGUGAUCUCGUCCUGCCGCAGUUCCCGGCUCUUCGCGAGUUGGACCUCUCCAACACCGACAUACUCCUCGAUUUCAUCAAAGGUCUGCACCAACCGGCUUUUGCAUCCCUGACGACGAUGAACCUGGCAGGGUGCGGCUUGUGUCACUACUUGAGCGGGGAAAGUCCCGAGAUUGCCACGGCAUUCUCGUUCUGGGCCGAGUCGCUGACCGAUCUGGACCUUUCUGAGAACUUCAUCAGUGAGUACGGGGAUCUUUGGCUCGGCGCUUUGGAACUCAACCUGCCGCCCCUGCUGCAGGGCCUCAAGUGCUUGAAGAGGUUCGCUUUGUGUGGAAAUGACAUUGGCGGCGUGCAGGAGAGUUCCAUGCAGUUGGUCACGCGGGCCUUCGAGACCGUGACGCCGGAACUGUCCUUGGAACAGCUGGACCUGCGGAAGAAUCACCUGGAAGGAGCGCAUUGGGGCGAACUUCUGGACAAACUGAGAGCGGCAGUGCCAUGGGUCCUUGUGACCAAUGAUGAUGCGUAUUGA